AUGUUUUCUUCCACAAUCAAAAUUUCCUCUGUUAGUGACUACAUUGUACCAAGUCAAGAAUGCGUAAAACCUCUAAUGAGAAAUGUUAAGCUUCAACUUGAUGACCCUUCCAUUUAACUAAAACCUAAUUUGAUUAAAAAUCAGAAUAAUGUUGCUAAAGUAUCCUUACAAGACUGUCUUGCAUGUAGUGGAUGUGUAACUACUGCAGAAACUAUACUGAUCCAAACUUAAAGUCUCGAAGAGUUUUUAUAAGCAAUUAAGAAAUAUUAAAAUCCUGCAAUUGGAAUAAGUCCUUAGGCAAGAGCUUCCCUAUCUUAUGUGUUGAAUUACACGGAUUCAGAAAUGCACUCUAUUUUACACUAAAUAUUUCAGGAAAUGAAUGUUAAAUUGUAUGACUUGGCAGAAUACACGAAAAUAGCAAUUAAUAACUCAAUUAAAGAGUUUAAAGAAACAAACUUAACUCCAUUACUUUGUUCAGAAUGUCCAGGAUGGGUAUGUUACGCUGAAAAGACCUUAGAUGAAUCAAUAAUUAAUCAUAUGAGCAAAGUGAAGAGUCCUUAAUAAAUUUUUGGAGCAAUUCAAAAGAAAAACCAUGAUUAUCUUGCUACAAUAAUGCCAUGUUAUGAUAAAAAACUUGAAGCUGUUAGACAAGAGAAUAAUGAAGACAUCAAUAUAGUUUUGAGUUCGAGGGAAAUCGAGUAAUUUGUUAAGGAUUACAUUCAGAAAGCAAAUAUUAUUCCUCAAUAAGUUCAACUCUAAACAAUGGCAAUCUAAGAUUAAGAAUACCAUAACACAUCAUCAAAUAAUUAUUUAGAUUAUAUAAUAAAAAGUGUUAUGAUGCCUAAUUGGACAGUCAAAUAUAAUAUUAGAAAGAACAAAGAUUUUAUUGAAAUUACGAUCUACAAUGAAAAUAUGGAAUCAUAAGGCAUUUAUGCUAGGGUCUUUGGUUUAAAGAACAUUGCUAAUUUGGUUUCAUAAAUCAAAACAAAAACUUGUAAAUAUAAAUAUGUUGAAAUCAUGGCUUGUCCCUUAGGUUGUCUAAAUGGAGGUGGAUAAAUUUAAAUAUAAAAAAAUACUGAAAAAGCUAUUGAUCUAAUACCAAAAUUAAAAGAGAUAAUGAUAUCUCAGAAGGUUCAGAUAGACAACUAAUAUCAGAAUGAACAGGAGAUUUAUUUAACAUAAUUUAAGCAUGUUAAAAAUGAGAAUAAUUUUUAAUGGUGA